UUGUCCAAUAUUAUUAUCGUUCAGCAAUGGUGGUACGAAUUAUGGAGUCCAAAUACACGUUUUUAUUCAAUUUUUGUUGAUAGGGUGAAUUUUUAAAGGAUAUUAAAGCAUGGUUAUUUGUCAGUAUUACCUUAAAGGAAACUGCAGAUUUGGUGAACGCUGCUUUAAUGAGCAUAGGAAGCCAGAUAAUCGAGGGAACCAUUAUCAGGCGGGACGCGGGAAAAAGAACUACCAGCAGGAAUUUCGCUACAACAGCAAUAACAAUCGCAAUGGAAACUAUGACAAGAGAUAUGAAACUCACGAAUCGAGGUUUAAUCACAAGGCCACGAAUUACAGCUUCAAACAAAGCAAUCACAGUAACUACCAGAGUUAUGAUCAUGUAGAUAUUGAUGAAGACAGUCAAAGAUACAGUGGACGGACACACUUCAGUAAAGAUAAGUACCAUUAUGAUGCUAGAAAUAAGAAUCGAUUCGCAACAUUGAGGCAUCAGCCUGAGCCUGAAUCACCCAGUUUCCAUGGUAACAGAUUUAGCAGUCCAAGAGCCAAUUUUCAUUCAACACCCACUCAACAUCCGAGAAAAUCUCAAGAACAAAAACUAGAAAAGAUACGAAAAGAUAUGAGGGAAUGGGAGGAAAGUGGCCAAUGGCCAUUAUCUUGUUAUUCUCCUUUAGGAAAUGAACCUUGUUUGAAUGGUCUCAAUGAUAUAUCUGCUGAAGAGAUGAGAGUUGAAGCUUAUGAAGCAAAUCACAACAAAAGUGGAUUUCGCUAUGCACAAGAAGUACAAACCAUUCUUCAAAACUACAGCCAAAGGAAACAUGAAUUGGCAAAUAUGUCAUCAUUUUCACUGGAAGAGGAAUUGUCCAACUCUUCAAAACCAGCAGUUACACUGCCACCAGGUGGAUUGUUUGGCAACCAGGACAGUUUACAUCAGUCAGCUAGUGAAAAUACCCUAGGUGGUAGCAUGGAUGUAUCAUCUUCAAGUUUAUUUAGUUCCAAUCCAUCAAGUUCAGGCAAAACGUCCACUUUUUUACCAGUUACAACAAAUUCCACGUCUACGCUCUUUCAAUCCAAUCAAGUUGAUGUACCCUUUGCUAGAUCACUGUCUCCUAUAGCUGAAGAUGUCUCCAAUGAUCACCAGACAUUCCCCACUCCCAAGUGUUCUGUUUCGUCAUUACGAUGCAGUGAAGACGAUUUGAAGGCGUUCAGGGCAGACCGUUUUAAAAUGGGUGCUGUUCCUGAAUGUCCACCUCCUUUAGAACUUUGCUGAGCAAUAAUGUGUAGUAUAUAUAAUUUGUAUAUAAUAAAGUUAUUUAAAUAUUGUA